AUGAAGGUGCAAGUGCACGUCGAAGGAGCGUGUCACAUGCCGUCCAAAACCAGCGACUCAAACCCCACUCCCGCAGACCCGCCUCCCCCGGCGUCCCGGGUCGAGCGCCUCACUUCACGUGGCGCCAAGAUGGACGUCGAGGUGCGACGUCGCCACGGACGCCGACUGCGAAAGCCUCGAAGCGAGGUCCUCGGGUCCGGCUACUCCGUGGCUGCUUCCUCGCGCGGCGCAGGAGACUGGAACUUCUUGGUCGUGGGAUACGACGACGACGGGGCCCUGCUGGAGGCCGGCCGCGCGCACGUGACCCUCUCAGAUAUAUUGCUCCCUCGGAUGACGAAAGUGGGGACAGAGGCCCUCCAGUCCCUCAAAGUGGAGACGGGAGAAAUGGAUGUCAAAGUGAACGGCUUCCUGUGUCCAGCCAGCAAAGUCUGCUACGAUUUGGAGCCAGAAAACAUCCUGGAGCCUCCCGAAGUCUGCAGGAUGGCCGCCCCGAAUAUCGAGCAGUGUGACAUGACGGCAGCAUACAUACAGCCAGAGUCUCUGAUCGAGCGGUCGGUUCAACUCAGUUUCACCGGAGUGCCUGAGGAGGACCUGAUGAUCACCGCUGACUUCUCCGAAACGUCGCUCACAAUGGAAGCGAAACUCUACACAAGCUCGGAGGAUCUGACACCGAAUCCGCUAACCUGUGAGAUCACAGGCCGGUCUCCAAAGACCUGCACAUUUAAGGUUGAGCCAAAAGUGACGGAAUUUAAGAUUUUGCUGAUGGCGUUAGAUUCUGCAUCAACUGUGGAUGAAUCGACUGUUGUGGAAUUUGAAGAUUUCCAGACUCGAAUUCAACAGCUGACAUCGGACGCCAUCGAAGUCCGUUGGCGAGCUUCGCACAACCAGAAAUACGACGUCGAAAUCGCUCCUGAAAUUGAAGGCAAAUUCAGCAACACUUCUGUGAUCUGUGGAGGUGAAAACCCUGAAGACAGUAAAAUGUGCCUGGCUUACUUUAUCGGGCUGAAUUUGAACGAAGAUUAUACGGCAAGUGUGAGGGCACAAGGUGACAAUAAAUAUGUUUCGGCCUCAGUGAGGAUGCAGACUGUUCUGGAAAAAAUGAAGCCACGUGUAGUAGUUCCUCUCACCAUCAAGGAGCUCCAGAAGGUGUCCAGGGAAGACGACCCGAGCGGAAGACAACAAAACAUGAGGGUUUUCUUGGAUCCUCACGAAGCAAAAGAUGCAGACGACUUUCAGCUUUCUUUAAUUCUGGCAUCAGGCACGGGACAGGAAGCUCAUCUCCUUUAUAAAAUCAUCGAUGGAGAUGCCACAGAGAUUGAGUUCAAGGGAAAUUUCCAAGAUUCGGGGUGUCAUUAUAAAUGCUAUGAAAGGCGGGGCUACUGUGGGAUUUGGCUCCGUGGCGCAGGAAUUGACAGACCUGGGUUCCAGGGUGGCGAAGGUUGGGGACGCCAGCGCCCCGUCACUGAGGGUGGACCCAGGGGCGCGAGGCCAGGUGGAAGUCCCUGGGAAGCCUCCCUGCGUGGGAGGCUCUGGCCCUUGCUACUACGUCGGCCAGAGCGACCCACCGUCCCCCCUCUGCGAGACCUUCCCGAGAUCAGAUUCUGCGACGCCGUGGUGUCGGAAGCGCAGAACCCGACCGAGGUCCCGGCCCUGGAGCUCCGCAACCGGCAGGAGCUACGAGUGCAGCAGCCCCGGCCCGACGGAGCGCGGACUGAGGUCGUGGUCUCCAGCGACGACUCCAUCCUGCCUCCCGACGGCUUCGGCUGCGACGACCUGGGCGACGGGACGUGCGCGCACCCUGUGGCCGUCGCCGACGACCUGGACGGCUUCGACGUGACGCUCGUCGUUCUGGACGACCAAGGCUACGUCACGGCGUCGCUCGCCGUGCCCUUUGAAGUGCACGGCGUGGCCACGCUCUCGCUCUCCCAGGAUGUCCUGCAGGUGGCGGUCGACCCUCGAUCGGGGGGCGCAUACGAGGUCACGCUGGCCGGCCCCUCGCCCCCUCCCGCGGCCGCUCAGGAGUGCCAACUUGGAUCACCGUGUCGCGUCUGGUUCGCUGGGGUGGACGCGCCCCCCGCGGUGAGCGUCAGGAAGGGAUCCAACGCCAUCUAUGAGGAUAUAUCCACAGACCCGCCUCCCCCGGCGUCCCGGGUCCAGCGCCUCACUUCACGUGGCGCCAAGAUGGACGUCGAGGUGGCGAGCGACAACACGUGACCCGC